GAAUUUAGAUUAAUUGGACCCUUCAAAGUUCAAACAGACAACAAACACGAAUCGAGAAAAAAAAAGAAAAAGAGCUAAAUAUUAAUAUCUUCUAUCCUCGUGCCUUAAUUAUAGCCCCGCCACUCCCUCCCUCCCUCUGUCUUGUGUGUCUCUAUCCACAUUCUCAGCCUCUUCAACAGCUUACAAAAAAUCUAGUGAUCGAUCAUAUCAAUUAUCAAACAACACAAAUAAUGGUUUUUUCCCUUUAAAGUCGAUUCCUUUUCAUGGAAUUCUGUUGUGUUUAGCUCUUUCUUGACGUGACACUAACUUCUUCUCUCUCAAAAAGUCCAAACUUUUUCUCAUAGUUUUCUUGAUUCUUCAUCUUUCUUAACCCCCCCCCACCCCCAACCCACAACAACCCCUCUUCCUGCGGGAAACACGGGUAUUUUUUUUUUGAAUUUUUUGGUUAAGGGGUGUGUCAUUUUCCAAAAAUGAACACAUUUGUGUUGAAAAGUUUGUAGCUUUAUUGAAUUCAAAGAAGGGUCUUUGGUUUUCUUGAGUUUUUGAGUUUUGGGGGUUUGAAAUUUUUGGCUUGUUUGUGUUCUUGAUUGAGGGGUUAUUUUAGAAAAAAGAGAUCUGUUUCCUUUUAUUUCUUUUUUAAAAGUUUUCUUGUUAGGUAAAAGGGUAAUAAAAUCCUGUUAUUGUCUCUUCCCCUCUCUACAUUUCCCUUUUUCUUCUGUUUUGUGUUUGUUUUUCUUUGUGGGGUAUCCUUUUUUUUUAUCAUCAUAUAGUUAGAAAGAGAGAGAGAAGCAAUCAGUUUCAUUUCUCUUUCUCUCUUGCUCUCUUUGUGUUUGUUCAUUUUCCCCUUUGAAAACAAUGGAGAAAGGCUCAAUGCAAUCAAAUCUUGAGUCUUUUUUGGAUUCUACAACACCAUUAGUUGCCUCACAGUUCCUUGCCAAGAGUGAAAUUAGAAACCUUAAUAAGCUUUGGCAUCCUAAAGAAAGAGAGGAAAUUGAAUACUUCACAUUGUCUGAUCUUUGGAAUUGUUUUGAUGAAUGGAGUGCUUAUGGUGCUGGAGUUCCAAUCAGAUUAGAUUCUGGUGAAACUUUAGUUCAAUAUUAUGUGCCUUAUCUUUCAGCAAUUCAAAUUUUCACCAGCAGUUCAUCUGUAAGCAUUUUAAGGGAGGAGACUGAGUCUGCGUGGGAAAUGAGGGAUUCUUGCAGUGAUUCAUUCAGUGAAGAGAGUGAGAGUGAAAAGCUUUCGAGAUCGGAUGGGGGUUCAUCGGAGGAAGGUUUAUUUGAGCAAGAUAAUCAGUUGCAAAUGAAUAAUAGAUUGGGUUACCUUUAUUAUCAAUACUUUGAAAGAUCUUCUCCAUAUGGAAGAGUACCUCUGGUGGAUAAGAUUAGUAGCUUAGCUGAAAGACACCCCGGAUUAAUGUCAUUGAGAAGCGUAGAUCUUUCACCAGCUAGUUGGAUGUCAGUUGCUUGGUACCCGAUAUAUCACAUUCCCAUGGGAAGAACCAUUAAGGACUUGUCGACAUGCUUUCUCACAUUCCACACCCUUUCUUCUUCUUUUCAAGAUAUGGACCUUGAAGAUAACACAGAGAAAGGUAUUAGGAAACGUAACGAAGGGGAAGCAAUCCCACUUCCACCUUUCGGUUUGGGAACUUACAAGAUGCAGGGUAAUGUUUGGAUUUCAGACAGAAGUGGGAGGGACCAAGAGAGGAUGGUGUCACUAUUAAGCGUGGCCGACUCUUGGCUAAAGCAAUUAGGGGUCCAGCACCAUGACUUUAACUACUUCUUGGGCAUUCGUCAUGGCUAAAAACUCCAAUGAUGACAUACUCUUUAUACCCCUCCAAUAGACCGAUACUGGAGUUGCCCUUUCUUGGCACUGAGGUCAUGUCUUUUUUUAAGCUCGGAAGCAUGAAUAUCCUCGAAAGAGGAUCAUAGUAAUGUCUUCGUUGCAAAAGCGUUAGGCUUUUUUUUUUUUUUUCGUGAUCCCCUCACCUUGAUUACCAAAAGGAGGUAUGUAGUAAUGCAGUCUCUUAAACACCAGACCUAUGUGAUUUCUUAUGUAUAGGGAUUAGCUUAGUUUUGAAGGGAUAAAUUUUGAGGUGAAGUGAGAGAUUAGCGUGGACGCGUCGUAUAACUGUGGAUGAAUGAUCAUAAAAUGACUAUUAUUAAGACCUUCAUAUUGUGAGCAGUUCUUGCAAGCUUCUGCAAAAAAAAAGCUCCUUAUAUUGUAUGAUUUUGUACAAGUUCAACUCUUUUUUUUGUACAUUUCAUGUAAAUGUCUUUAGAUAUUACAUUCCAUUUAAAAGUGGAGAAACAGCUAA